UAAUUAUCUUUCAGCUGUGGUCAUUUUUUACAUCACAUAAACCGAUAUAAACAUGGCUGUAGCAAACAUACUGAAAGGUGCAGGAAAACCACAUCCUCUCUUAUUUGUACAACUGACACUAUAAAUCUCAAAAAUGAUAGUUUCCAAAUAUGAGUGACAAAAAGAAAAACGUUCCUCCAGCUCCUAAAAAGAGGACAGCAUUUGUCAUAGAGUUGGGAGACGUUUCUAGCGAAAGUCAAAAUCCAACAGUUUUGGUCACAAUUGACCAACCAGAUAGUGAAGAAACGGAACCUAAGUUAAGGCCAGUUUUGGAGGCUGUAUUGUAUGGCAAACUUGAAACUCUCAAGAAAUUGCUUGCUACAAGCCCUAGUGAUGUGAAGUUGGUGUUUGGACCACUGAGAGUGACCUUGCUGCACCUAGCUGCGUAUCACCAGCCGCAUCUUGUAUCCACUUUGAUAAAAAAUGGAGCCAAUGCUACUGCUUUGGACACAGUUGGAAGGUCAGCUUUCCACCUGGCUUGCACUGCAGCUUCAAGCCCAGAGUGCAUCAAAGCUCUUAUUGACGCCGGAUCUGAUGUCAAUCAAAAGAUCAUGCUGCCUAUGCAAAUGUGGACUCCGAACACUGCUGUGAGGCACAACCACGGAGAAAAUAAAAAGUGGCACAUGAGAAGCAACCAUGUUUCCACAGAGAAGAAGCGUCUUGUUCCUCAAAACAAAAAUGACCAAAACGACAUACUAGGUGUUAAGUAUCCAAGAAGUGGAAUAGGCAGUGAGUUGCCAGUGCCCGAUUGCUUAGGCCGGACUGGUCUCCACCAGACUGUGAAAGCAGCUAGUCCUGACUGUGUUAAGAUUCUCCUAGCUGCCGGAGCAAUAGUCGACGUCAAAGACCAAAAGGGCCUCACACCCUUGCUCUUAGCUGGCGCAGGAGUAUCUCCAGAUGACCUUGAUAGUCUCAUAAGAUACGAAGCGGUUGUGAGAAUGCUGGUAGACGCUGGUGCCGAUGUCAACAUUUUGAACCCUGAUACUGGGACGUCUGCACUGCACCACGCAGCUGCAAGAUGCUCUCUGAGUGCAACCAAACUUCUGGUGGAACACGGAGCCAUGGUGGACAAAAUCAGUGCCACUGGAGCAACAGCCAUCCAUGAAGCGGCUCACUCGGGAGCUCUGCAGGUGUUGCAGUUUCUGCUAGACAUCAAUGAAGGCUUGGGUCUGGUGAACAAACAGGACCACGUUGGUCAAACUCCACUGCACAAAGCUGCCUUCAGUGGAAACAGAGGCUGUCUAGAAAUUCUGAUGCGCAAAGGUGGCCAUUUGAGUCUUUUGACGCACAGUGGUACUUCAGUCCUCGAUGCUACUUUUAUGCACAUCGCCCGGCCGUACCACUUCUUGGCAGCCAUCCUGGACAAUUGCCUUCAAACCAACAACGUAUCUGUACUUGAUAGAGCAUUUAAAGUAUAUUUGGACUUCAGCAUUUUGGCACCCCAUGGAUGUGAUAGGCAAACAUCAAUUUUGAGAGAAAUUUUCAACUCUCCAAAAGGUCCUGGCCACUCUAUACUACUUCGUCACCCUCUUCUAGAAACGUUUUUGUGGCUCAAGUGGCAAAAGCUACGUAUAUUUUUCUUCUUCAUUCUCUUUGUGUAUGGAAGUUAUAUGGUAUCCCUCAGCGUUUUUGUCCUUGCUGAGGGUGAGGAGGAACUGCGUUUUCUUGUUCCGUAUGCCCGACACAUUCUUAUAACAACGUCGUGCAUGCUUCUCCUACACAUAAUCAUUCAGUUCUUUCUAAGACCUUGGUUCUACAUUCGUGAGUUCGAGACUUGGAACUUUGCUUUUUGUGGAGGAGCUUCCAUAAUAGUAGCGGUUUGCAAUGAGCAGUUGAAAGAGUUUCAAGUACAUAUGACAUCUGUUGUUCUUUUACUUGCUUGGACGGAGCUGCUGUUGUUGAUAGGCAGAUUUCCAACGUGGGGCAACUACGCCUUGAUGUUUUACACAGUGCUUAGAAAUGUCAUGAAAGUGAUGCUCACAUUUGUGUUUAUUGUGCUUGGCUACACUCUUAGCUUUUACGUCCAGUUCAACAAGCAAGAGUCCUUUGAUGGCCCAUUCAAGGCAUUUGUCAAAACUGUAGUAAUGAUGGCUGGAGAGUUUGACUAUAAAGACCUGUUUGAAAUGGACAACAAUCAUUCAUUGUCAUCUUCGGGCAAAGCUCUACAUAAGGACCCCUUGGACGUAAUCAGCAGAUUAAUAUUUUUGACUUUUGUGAUUCUUACUACGAUUGUCAUGAUGAAUCUGAUGGUUGGUCUUGCUGUCAGUGACAUUCAAGCCGUGCAAACUGAGGGGCAUUUUAGGCGCCUCUUGAAGCAAGCACAAUUUGUGGACCACUUAGAAACGAUUAUCUCUCAUUCAAUACUUACCAAAAUGCUGCCUAAAUGCUUAGUCAGGUUUCUGGUCCAGCGUAGAAGGGUGGUUACAGAGCUUGUUCUCCAACCCAGCGCAGUUGAGCGAAAGUCCAGGUACCCUAAGAAGUUACCUCGUCGAUUAAUAGAGGCGUGCGUGGAACUGGCAGUACGACAAAAAGCAAUUUCCCAAUUGAAAUGCGACGAGGAAAUUAUGUCAACUGGAAAAGAAAGCAGAUUUGUUUGGCUUGAUGGAAGCUGUGAUGGCUCUCAAAGCGACUUAUUUGGAGUGCAACAACAGGCCACGCUCGAGGAUAUGAUGAUGCGAAUGUACGAAGAGCUGCAGGACAUGAAGAACCUAAUUCAGACAUCAGCUGUGCGACCUACUUUUCCCAAAAACAGAACUCUUUCGAUCAAGGAGUCUCGCAGACUCAAUCCGCAUGUGCGAAGCAGUGCAAAUUCAAGAGCGUCUAGGCUCGAAGAUGUUGUAUGCGAGGUGCAAGGAGCGCAAUGUAUGCUCCAGAGGUUAAAAGAAAACUAGUGUACAUAUUUUUACUCAGUAACUCUUAGUUACUUAAACAAAGCAUUUAUCAUUUGCUCAUAAUUAUAAAUUAUUUGGACAUUCAUUAUUUAAAGUUUCCUCAACUUAUCAACAAUUAUAAAAAAACCUAUAUAGAAAGGAAUAAAAGUUGAAAUAAAAUCGAAGUAAUUCCAA